UGUCAACCAAAACGUCAAAUGGUGUAAAUACCAAACUAUGUUUUUGUUCUACCUCAAUUUUUAGUUGUUUCUUUAAAAAAUGAGCAAAAACUUACAGACAGCUAAUAAGCUGACAGAGUUUGGGCCUCUACAAUCGGAAGAACCAAAACCAAAUACUGUUGGACAGUUUAUAGCCAGUUUUCUUUGGAAAAAAAGUGUUUCACCAGAUGAUACUAAUGUUGAAAAAAAUGAUAAUGUUAGCGAUUCCCUUCCUACUUGGGCCGUUGAUAAUGUAUCUGAUAAUGCAUAUGCGGAAUCUUCGAAUGUAUAUGAAGUUGACAUAAAUGAAGGAAGAAGUUUACCAAAUGUUUUGAUGAGAAUAAGCAAUCUCUUAGCCCUAAAAACCAGUAGUCUCCAAGAUUAUGCAGAUACAGAUUUAAAACUGUACUGGAUGCCUGAUUCUGUCAGUAAAGAAUGUUAUGAAUGUUCUGAAAAGUUUACAACAUUUAGGAGGAGGCAUCACUGUAGAGUUUGUGGACAAAUAUUUUGUUCUCAUUGUUGUAAUCAACAAAUCCCUGGGAAAAUAUUUGGAUGUACAGGUGAACUAAGAGUUUGCACUUACUGCUGUAAAGUUGUCCUUUCCUAUUUACAAUCAUCAGACUUCAGUACUGUUCUUACAAAUGAUUUAAAAAUACUUCAGGAAAGUUUGAAAUCCAAAUUUGGUACGUUAUCACCAAACACAUUUGAUGACAGCUCUUUACAAACAUCUGUUGUCAGUGUUGAUGAUAAUUGCGCAAAACGAAAAAUAUCUGUUGGUUACCAAGAGGAAAAAUUCUUUUCUGAAAACACCAAUACAACCUAUCUAUCAACUGAGGAAAAAUGUAGGGCUCUUCAAAAUUCGACAUCUUUAAGAAACUUAUAUGAAGAAAUGUGUAAUCCUUUAACAGGUCUACAGUUUGAAACUCAUAGGUAUCGCCUUAAGACUUACAACGAUUCCUUCUUGGGUUCCGAAUUAGUAGAUUGGUUGAUUUUUCAACAAAAGGCGAAAAGUAGGGUUCAAGCAUCAGCUAUUUGCCAAGCUCUUUUAGAAGGCGGUUACAUCGAGAGUCUGUCAGAACCAAUGGUAUUUAUUGAUGGCUAUGCAUUUUACCAUAAAAAAUUAGUUUCUUAUCCAGAGCUUCCACCGUCAGGUUUAAAUUUUGAUGUACCUUAUCACGAUGAGCCGCAAUGGGUGCAGCAAAUUCCUCAUGAAUCAAGCACAACAGAUUCUGAAAACGAACAGUUAUCGCCAGUUGAAAUGAGGCCUGGAAAUAUGACUUCAUCGUCAUCAUAUACGUUAGAUCUUAAUUUAGAAGCAAAUACAGUAUAUCUGUCUCGUCCUCCUGAUGAGUACAAGAGUCAGAAUGUAAGCGAAACACAGGAGCCACAAGAAAAAACAGAAACGGUGGUUGUUAGACCUUCGGAUCAAAUUGAAGCUGCUCCAGAAUCAGAAUGGUUUAAUGCAUCCAAUUUGCGGGAAGAAAACGGAGAAAAGUUAGCAUAUACAAUCUUAAGUGAUGCGUUUGAGCAACACAGCAAUAGUUUACUUAAGCAAUUGUUGAUUUCCAAAGGGCUUUCAUACUCUUGGUCGGAAGUUAUUAUGCCAAUACUUAACGAGAUAAUCAGUAUUAUUAGACCUGAUAAAAAUCAUGAUGCCAUCGAUUUAGAUAUCCGCCAUUACAUCCAAUUUAAAAUUCUUGCUGGCGGUUUGAGAAAUGACACAUCUCUAGUUGGAGGGGUAGUAUGCAGCAAAAACGUUGCACACAAAGAUAUGUUGAUCGACAUAGAAAACCCUAAAAUUCUCUUGCUUCAAUGUUCCAUUGUCUAUCAACGAACUGAAGGCAGAUUGAUGUCUCUAGAACCAGUAUUAAUGCAGGAAUACGAAUACUUACGCAAUGUCACAUUACGAAUAAUAGCUCUCAAGCCAGACGUUAUACUAGUCCACAAAAACAUAUCAAGGCUUGCUCAAGACAUGUUACAUGAACAAUCUGUCACUUUGGUACAUAACGUAAAACUAAGCGUUUUGGAACGAUUGUCAAGAUGUACACAAGCGGAUAUCGUUUCAGCUAUGGAUGCUCACAUCGGCCGUCCAAAAUUAGGAACAUGCCAAAGAUUUUAUUUGAAAAGUUUUAAACUGGACAGAGGUAGAACAAAAACGCUCAUGUUCUUCGAGGGAUUACCAUCGGCUCAUUUAGGCAGUACAGUUUUGCUUAGAGGCGCCUCCGAGCCCGAAUUAAUGAAACUGAAAGAAGUAUCCGUUUUAAUGUUAUUUGCUAUGUACAGCUGGAGAUUAGAGAAGUCGUUUCUAAUGGACGAAUUCGCCAUGCCUCCAAAUGCAAACGAAUUUCUGGAAGAUAGUAAAGAAAACUCACCAGAUAUACCAGAUAAAAAGCAUACAUUUUGCUUGACGGAAAACGAUGGCGAUCAAGAUAUCACCAAAAGGAACGAAAGGCCUGUUAUCAAAAGUUUUAUCAAGGACGAACAACUAACCGAGAAUAGAAAAACUUUAGUUGACGAUUUUACUGAUCCGUUACAUUCCAACGCUGAAUUUGAUGCUCAGCCAUCUGGUCAAACCUUAGCUGUUGCCAAACUUCCGUUUUCCAAUUAUUUUAGAAAACAACUGGAUGAUACCACUUUAUGUAUAAGUCCUUAUAUUGUGUUUCCAGUACCGUACUUGGAAACUGAAAUCGGUAAAAAGUGUAAAUUAAGGCAGUAUUUUCCGGAAGACUUAUACUUUAGUGUUCACUUUGAUAAUAGUACAAAAAGUAAACGGAAAAGUAUGGAUGAUCAUGCAUUGGUUCAUAUUGAUUCGAAUUUGAAGGCAAAACCUCUUCAUCCAUUUCUAUUGUCAAAAUUAACAAAACCCGUGGAAGACAAAAAUAUUCAGAAUCUGUUAGCACAUUUUAGAGCUUGCGGUGGUAAAUACGAAAAGAAAGACAACAUUUGCGUUAAAGCUCAGCAAGAAACUCAAAAGAAUAUCAAGCCUAAUAAUAAUGCUGAAAGCAGUGCUAAAGAUGUUCUUGAUCUUAUUCAUCAUCAAAGGUUAGCAGUACUAUUUUGCAGUUAUAGUGCGGAAUCAGACAAUGCUCCUGCGUUUUGCGUUAAUCCAUGGAUUGUUUAUAUGGAUUUUUAUGGACGAAACGAUAUUCCAUUAGGUUGUUUCCUGGAAAGAUACUGCUUCCGAUCUACUUAUAACUGCCCUUCAAAAUCCUGUGAUACCCCUAUGAUAAACCAUAUAAGAAGAUUCGUUCAUAAUACAGGCUGUGUUACAAUCUGUCUAAACUAUUUUGAAAACGAAUUCUCAGAGGACCACAUAGUUAUGUGGACGUGGUGUACCAAAUGUCAAAAAGUAUCGCCUGUGGUUCCGAUGUCGGCUGACACUUGGUCGUACUCAUUUGCAAAGUUCUUGGAGUUGAAAUUUUAUGGGGAUAUUUAUAGCAGAAGAGGCCAGUCAGCUUGUGACCACAGCCUACAUCAAGACCAUUAUCAUUAUUUUGGAUAUAAAAAUUAUGUAGCUACAUUCAAGUAUUGCCAAAUCACGAUACUAGAAAUAUCUCUACCUCCUCCAAUAAUUGAAGUACAAUGCGAAAGCAAUAAAUUCCAGAGUGAACUCAUAGACGAAAUUAAAAACAUUGCACAAAAGGGACACGAUAUUUUUUCUUUGAUUCAAGAUAAAUUGAAAACUUUGGUCAGCGACGAAGCUGACGCGAAUGGGAGUGUUAAGCAACUUUUAAUGAAAGAUCACAAUCAGUUCAAACAAAAAGUCGAAGAGGUACAGCUUAAGUUAACCUCGCCAACCAUAGAAAAUAAGCAAUUUGAUAAAAAAGAACUAUUUGUUACCUAUUGGAACAUAUCAGAUUGUUUAACAAAAUUAAAAAAGAAUGUUGUGGAUAUAGUAGACAAUUGGAAUGCCAGAUUGAAUGAAAUCAUAUCGCGCAAGAAGGAUACCGAUAAAAAGAAAGAAAAAUCAGUAGAUACAAACGCUGAAGAUAUUUCCGAACAUCCAGAGCUAAAUAUUCAAGAAGAAGUCACGAGUAUGCUUUCGAAAAAGGUGUCAAGUUUGGAUAAUAGUGAUGGUGAGUCAUAUACAUCAUCUUCGCCGAAAACUCAUAACAGAUCCCAUUCUGAAAGCACAGUUGGUUCCCAAAACGAAGAUAUGGUAGAUAACAAAAAGGAAGUCGAUAAGAAAACGGUUAAAACCAUCCUGUCAUCUUUACUGCCAUCUUCAAAUAAUCUAUGUUUGAUACAGGCUCCAUUCAAUAACGGCGAACAUUACGGCUUAUCUGAUUCAUCAAUUCCAUUAGUAGUUCUCGAGAGUGAACCAAGUUCUAUAGUUUCGUAUACUCUAGCUUCAGUCGAAUAUAAAAAGUUAUUGGAAGAUUUGACCGCUAAGAAGCCGCAGGCAGAUCUUUCCAACAGCCCGAUUCUAAAGAGGCGAAUUAACAGCGAAAGGGAAAAACUAGACGAUGAGAAGGGGAAGAAUUUGUUAGGAUUUUUGAAAAAUAAAGAAGCGAAUAAUGUGGGGAAUAUUGCGGCAAAUCCAGAUGUAAGUGCUGAACAAUCGAGAUUCGCAGAACUACAAGAGGAUGCUAAGAAAGUACGUAAAACUCACGUCGAGGUACAAUUCCAGGACGGAACUAGCAAUUUCUUCUGCAGGGUUUACUUAGCUGAAAAAUUUGCAGCACUUAGAGCUGCUGUUUUACCGAUGGGCGAAGAGGGUUAUAUAAGAUCAUUAUCCAGAUCUGCGCAAUGGAAUGCAAGAGGCGGAAAAUCCGGGUCAAACUUUUCGAAAACCAUAGAUGAUAGAUUCAUACUCAAAGAAAUGUCAAAAUCGGAAAUUCACUUAUUCCUCGAGGCAUCAUCCAAUUAUUUUGCCUACAUGCACAAAUGUCAAACUACCAACCAACUGACCCUUUUGGGAAAAAUUUUAGGAAUAUACCAGAUAGUAUUUAAGAACAAUUCUAGUGUACCUUAUCGAUCAAAUAUUCUAGUCAUGGAAAACUUGUUCUAUAACAGAAAAGUUUCUCAAAAAUUUGAUCUCAAAGGAUCUAUGAGAAAUAGAUUAGUUGUUCCGGACAAUCAAGGAGAGGAGAUAGUCCUGCUGGAUGAGAAUUUAAUGAAAAUGACCUGUGAUUCCCCGUUAUAUGUAUUACAACAUUCCAAAGCCGUAUUAAUAAACGCCAUUCAGAACGAUACAGAAUUUUUAUCAGCUCAAUCUGUAAUGGAUUAUUCAUUAUUAGUUGGACUUGAUCCCGAUAAUAAGGAGUUAGUUCUAGGGAUUAUAGAUUAUAUAAGAACGUUUACCUGGGAUAAGAGAUUAGAAACAAUGGUCAAGAAAAGUGGUAUUUUAGGAGGGCAAGGCAAAUUACCUACUAUAAUCUCGCCAGAAGAGUAUCAAAAACGUUUUAUGGAGGCGAUGCAUAAGUAUUUUUUGGAAGUACCUGAUCAUUGGGCUGGUUUAGGAAAGCCAUUUGAAUUGUAAAUAUGGAUAGAACACAAAAUUUUAACAAUACUUAAUACUUAGUAGAUAUAGCUAAAAGCAUGUAUAAGUUAUCAAAGUAUAAUUGAAAAACUCGAAUCGAGGACCUUUUUAACAAUAUUGUGCCUAAACUAGAGUACAAAUUUUUUAUCUAGACUCGAAAGCGUUAAUAACAUGUUUAAAUAAACAUAAGUAUACUGUAUAUGCAAGUAGGUUUAUUAUUUAUACCAAAUUUGCCCUCUAUUCACCUUCCUUCUUCUUUAAGUGCGGUCUCCCAACCGGAGGUUAAAUAUCAUCAUCACUAUCUUUACUUUAUUACCGCUGCUCUGAAGAGUUCUAUGAAACUGCAUUUUAACCAGUCCCUUAAAUUUUUCAACCAUGAUACUCUCCUUCUUCCUCUUAUAUUUCCCUGUAUUGUGAGCCUUAACUUUUCAUAUCGCUGUCCCUUCUGUCUACUGCUUGAGCUAUCCUGCCCGCGCACUGGCGAGCCAUUAAACAUAAUUCUUAUUCUUCUUUUAUAUAGGCAGUACUGCCUGUUUUCUUCAACGAUGCAUUUCAUUCUGCCCCUAAGUUGUCAUUCCAUCUUUUCCUUGGGCGUCCUAUACUUCUCCUGCCUAACAGUGACUUGUCCCUGGCUAUUCUUCUGGCUAUCCUGUAGUCCUUUUCCAGCAAUCCUUCUUAAGAUCUUCAUUUCGUUGGUCUCCAGAUGUCUUCGUGUUUUGCUUGUAUCUGCUCUUGUUUCGGCCGUGUAAGUCAUAACUGGCCUAAUAACUGACUUAUAGUGCGGCAGAUUCGUGCAAAUAUUUAUAAGAAUUGCACAUUUAAUGAUACAAGCAUAUAAAGUGGGCCACAUAUACUGCACAUAUAAAGGUUCAAAUUUAGAUAUGAGGCCAUCUCAGAUUUUGCCUUUUACAAAAAUGGCGGACAUUCAAAAUGGGCGGCUAUACAUAUGUGACUAAUAGCACGAUAUCUUUUGAAUGAAAAGUCCGAUUUCAACCAAAUUUGGUACAUUACAUAGGUUCUUUUUGUGAUUUACAAGAUCUAUGUCGUAAACUGGAAGAAUCGGUUUACCAGAAGUUGUGUUUUUCCUGGUUUUUCAUGUAAAACUAUUUUAUAUUAUGUAAAUAAUUUAUUUUCAAUUUUUUUACCCUGUAUAUAUUAAUUUUUCAUAAUGGUAAUACCACCAUUGAAAAGAGCGUAAGAAUAUGUUUUAGAAAAUAUUUUGAACUUUUUAGUUAUGUUAAUUACCAUUUAAUAAAUGCAUAACGUAUCUUCACAUGUACCUUUGUGUGGCAGAUUCGUGCAAAUAUUAUAAGAAUUAUUGUGCAUUUAAUGGUAGAAGCAUAUAAUUUGGACCACAUAUACUACACCGUGACCCGUCAAAAUAGCCCGGUCAAAACAGCCCCGUCAAAAAAGCCCCGUCAAAAUAGCCCGAACACAAAAUAGCCUCGACAAAAUAGCCCGCAAACAAAAUAGCCCCGACAAAAUAGAUCGCACACAAAAUAGCCCCGGUCAAAACAGCCCCGGAUAAAAUAGCCCCGGCUAAAACAGCCUCGUAUAAACAAUUACAUAAUUAUUUAUACAAGGUGUCCAAAAACUUUUUUUUUUCAUUUAAAUUAUUUGACAAAAAGGAAGAAUGUAUUUAAUUUAUUUAAUUUAAAAUGCAUUUUAGUGUUUCCCGAAAACAGAAAAAAAUGUUUAUAUCAUAAAAUUGAUUUUCGUUUAACUUAAAUGUUCAAACUUCCAAGAGGCAGGGAAGACAGGACUCGAGUUCUCUGAAAAGACCAUUUUUAUUUGAUGUGGUUAAGAUAAACAUCUGAAUUGAGGAUAAUUACCAUUUCCGAAAAAAUGUAUUUUUAAGGAAUGAUUUCAUGAUGAAUUCUGAAGGGAGCUUUUUUGUCGGGGCUAUUUUGUCGGCGGGCUAUUAUUCCGCGGCUAUUUUGUCUGCAGGCUAUUUUGUCGGAGCUAUUUUGUGUACGGGAUAUUAUGUCGGGGCUAUUUUGUCGGAGCUUUUUUGACGGGGCUAUUUUGACGGGGUACCAUACUACACAUACAAAAGUUCAAAUUCAGUUAUGAGGCCAUCUCAGAUUUUGCCUCUUACAAAAAUGGCGAGUAAUCAAAAUGGCGGCUAUACAUAUGUGAGUAAUAGCACGAUAGCUUUUGAACGAAAAGUUCGAUUUCAGCCAAAUUUGUCAUCAAGGUUGUUUUUUGGAUGAAUAAGAUCGAGGUUUUGAACCGGAAGAAUCGGUUCACCAGAAGUUGUGUUUUUACUGUUUUUUUUUAUGUAAAAAUCUGUUGUUUUUUUUUCAAUUCUUUCACCCUGUAUAUAUUAAUUUUUCAAAAAGUUAAUACCGCCAUUGAAAAGAGUGUAAACAUAAUUUUUACGAGAGAUUUUGAACUUUUUAGUUAUGUUAAUUACAAUUUAAUAAAUGCAUAACGUAUCUUCAGAUGUACUUGUGUGCGUCAGAUUCAUUUUGAAUGCCCGCCAUUUUUGUAAAAGAUAAAAUCUGAGAUGGCCUCAUAUCUAAAUUUGAAUCUUUGUAUGUGUAGUGUGUGUAGUCCAAAUUAUAUGAUUUAACCAUUAAAUGCACAAUAAUUCUUAUAUUAUUUGCACGAAUCUGCCGCACAUAGGUUUAUAGGUACAUGUGAAGAUACAUUAUGCAUUUAUUAAUUGGUAAUUAACGUAACUAAAGAGUUUAAAAUAUUGCCUAAAAAUAUUUUUACGCUCUUUUCAACGCCGGUAUUAACUUUUUGAAAAAUUAAUAUAUACAGGGUGAAAGAAUUAUUAGAGAAACAACAUGUUUUUACAUAAAAAUCAGGAAAAACACAACUUCUGGUAAAUCGAUUCUUUUGGUUCAAGACUUUGGUCUUGCACAUCAAAAGAAGAACCUAUAUACCAAAUUUGGUUGAAAUCGGACUUCGUUCAAAAGUUAUCGUGCUAUUAGUCACUUAUGUAUAGUCGCCAUUUUGAAUGCCCGCCAUUUUUGUAAAAAGUAAAAUCUGAGAUGGCCCUUUAUCUAAAUUUGAACCUUGAUGUGUGUAGUAUAUGUGGUCCAAAUUAUAGCUUCUACGAUUAAAUUCACAAUAAUUCUUAUAAUAUUUGUACGAAUCUGUCACAUAUAGGUACAUGAGAAGAUACAUUAUGCAUUUAUUAAAUGGUAAUUAACAUAACUAAAAUUUUCAAAAUAUUUUCUACAAAAUAAUUUUAUGCUCUCUUCAAUUGCGGUAUUACCAUUUUGAAAAAUUAAUAUAUACAGAGGGAAAAAAUUGAAAAAAAAACAUAUUUUUUACAUAAACAACCAGUAAAAACACAACUUCUGGUAAACCGAUUCUUCUGGUUCACCACAUCCAUCUUGUAAACCAAAAAAAAAGAACCUAUAUACCAAAUUUGGUUGAAAUCUGAAGUCUCGUUCAAAAGUUAUCGUGCUAUUAGUCACAUAUGUAUAGUCGCCAUUUUGAAUCCCCGCCAUUUUUGUAAAAGGUAAAAUCUGAGAUGGCCUCAUAUCUAAAUUUGAACCUUUAUAUGUGUAGUAUAUGUGGUCCAAAUUAUAUACUUGUAUCAUUAAAUGUGCAAUUGUAUCACAUAUCGGCCGCACUAUUAUAUAUUCGGGCCUUUGUUUCCAAUCUUAGGUGUUUGUUUUUCCAAAUUGUGUCGUUUAGGCAUCCGGUCGUUCUACUAGCUUUAGUUAUUUGGUCUUUUACCUCUUCUUCGAUAUUGUUGUCGGCUGAUAGAUUAAUUCCCAGGUAUUUGAAAUUCAUUAUUUGUAUAAUUUGAUUGUCUAACUCCAAUUUGCAUCUUAUUGGUUCUUUGGCCAUUACUAAGCUUUUUGUUCUUUGUGCUGAUAUUUUCAUAAUCAUUUCUUUUGCGUUAAUGUUGAACUCAUGCAUUAAUCUAUGUAGGUCGUCUUCGCACUCUACUACUAACACGGUGUCAUCAGCGUAACAGAGUAUUUUUAUCUCUCUAUCGCCCAUUUUGUACCCUCUUUUUUUUUCUUCACUUGUUUUAUUAUUGCAUCCAACAUUAUGUUAAACAGUAGAGGGCUUAGUGAAUCUCCUUAACUGAUUCCUGUAUUCCAUUGACCUUCAUUUCUAUUUUAUUUCUUACAUAUAUGUUUUCUAUCAGUUUUAUGAUAUCCAGUGGUAAAUUUUUGUCAUAUAGUAGGCGUAUCACAUCUUUUAAUUGGAUUCUAUCAAACGCUUUCUCUAGGUCUAUGAAACAGAAAAAGGCUCGUUUGUUAUAUUCUAAUGAUUUCUCUGCUAUUUGCCUUAUCACAAAAACUGCAUCGUUACAUGAUCUUCUGCUUCUAAAUCCUUGUUGUUCAUCCAAUAUAUUUAUGCACGCCAUUAUUUUCUCUAUAAGCAUUUUUGUUGUGAGUUUCAGUAUAGUGCUCAGUAAAUGUAUCCCUCUAUAGUUACAGGGGUCUGCCCUAUCACCUUUCCUUAAUAACGCUUCAUUAAACAUAUUUAAUUCUUUCGGGUACUACCAAAUACUUAAGUAAAGUUUCAAUUCGUUAAAAAGGUCUAAUAAAUAGUUUUUUUAGCAAUAAAUGGAACCGUACAUAAUCUGAAUGCAACUCUCUUUUAUACUUAAUGACAGGAAACCUAUUCAUGUAGUUUAUUCGCUUAAAAAUUUGUAUAUAUAUUCACUGUACGUAAUUUUUUUUAAUGAAAUAUAUUAUUAUUUGUU